CAGUAUUGCACGCGUUAUCCCCCCUUCUCCAGCUCCUUACUUCAGUAAAUGCCCUAGCCUCCACCAAAGAAAGCAAACCCUAGCAGCCUCCACCAAUCGUUGUCGCCGUCUGUCGGAGUGAGAGACUGCUGCCGCCGUCCGUCGCACUCAAGAACUCCCGUCUUCGGCCCUCAGGCCUCUAGCCUCCGCUCGUGUGCUCGCAUCUCGCCUCUCUCAUAUGUGCUCGGCUGCUCGCGCCUCCCUCCGCGAGUGAGUGCUCGAGCUGUGCGUGUUGGUUGCUGCUCGUCGUCCGUGGUUGUCUCUGCUAGAUUCUGCCUCCCAGUGUCACUCGAAUCUCGUCUCAGUCACUGGCCUCUCGUGGUUCGUCUGUCUCGUCGCUGGCGGCAGAAGCAACUCGUGGGGUUGUCUCUUGCUCCGUCUCCUUCGGUGGGGUGGUCGCCGACUCGCCGUCAACCGUUGUUUGUUAUUUCAAAAGGUUAAGUGUUGGCUUCAACUUUCAAAUGGGAAUUGGGAGCUGGUGAAGAUAAUAACAUCUUCUUGAACUGAGUCUGUUGUUUCACUGCCUGAUGAGAAAGGAAGAACAAAAGAAACUUAAUGCGUCUUUGGUGAAUUAGAAGGUGGAAUUGCUCCAUCGAGAAAGAUGCUGUGGAGGGUGUUGUCCUUGCGGAAACCCUCUGCCACUUGUUUCUUCCAAUUGAAUCAGCAGAGAGGAAUGCACGAUAGGAACAAGAAGGCGAUGGCGUUCAUCGCAAAAGGUUGGAAUGCGUUGAAGGAGGUCGAUAGGGUAAUCGAUUACUGUGAGCUCAAUGAUACACGCCUCAUCCCUCUGCUUCUUAGAGCAAAGGAGAAUUUUGAGCUUGCUUUGGAGGCUGACAACACCAACACGCAUGCUAGGUAUUGGUUAUCCAGAUUGCACAUGAAGUAUCAUGUUCCCGGCGCUAAUAAGGCCGUUGGAGCUGCUUUAUUGGUCGAAGCUGCUGACAUGGGUGAUGCUGAUGCACAAUUUGCAUUGGGUUGUCAAUUGAGAAUUGAGAAUGACUAUGUCCAAUCAGAUCAACAAGCUUUUUAUUAUUUGCAGAAAGCUGUUGAUCAGUUGCAUCCAGGUGCUCUUUACCUUUUGGGUGCUGUAUAUUUGACGGGCGAUUGCGUGAAGCAAGAUAUUGCUUCAGCAUUGUGGUGUUUUCAUAGGGCUUCAGAGAAGGGCCAUGCCGGGGCAGCUAUAGCAUUUGGAUCUCUUCUUCUUAAAGGUGUUAAGGUUCCAGAAACAAUAACAAAAUUCAGUGCGAAGAGAGGUUCUGCUACUCGGAAAGCUGGGAAGGGGAAAGAAAGUCUUGCAGUUGAUCCCGUAGAGAUGGCACGAGAAAAGUUCCAGAUAGCGGCAAAGGCAGGAUGUGAUCUUGGAUUCAAAUGGCUUGCUAGGUUAGAGGAGGAAGAGAGGCGAUUACUUACUGAAGGGCAUUCGGAUUAAAAUAAUGUGUCCAGUUAGUUUUUUGCAGUUGAGCUGAUCCAAUGUGAUUUAUUAGAGAUUGAGUAUUCUCAAAGAAAGAAAUGGAAAAUAAUUGGAUGUACUUGUGUUUUCUCUCUGUAUAUAUUCAUAAUCUUAUUUUAAGACAGACUAACCGAAUAAGUUUGGAGUUCACUUGUAUUUUUUUAAAAUAUUUCUUGUAAAUUGUAACUAUGGAAAUAAAAGACGAUGAGUCUCUAAAAUAUCUA